AUGGGCUGGCGUGGUCCGGCGUGGCCGGGCUCUCCCGGGACCUGGGUUGGCGUGGCGCGACGUGGCCGGCUUCUCCGGGGCCGGGCUGGCGAGGCCCGGCUUGGCCGGGCUCUCCGGGCCAGGGUGUGGCGAGGCCCGGUGUGGCCGCGUUUUCCGGUCCCGGGGGUGGCGUCUCCCGGCGUGACCGGGCUCUUCGCGGCCCUGGCUGGCGUGGCCCGGCGUGGACGGCCUCUCCGGGGCCGGGCUGGCGUGGCCCGGGGUGACCGGGCUCUCCGUGGCCCGGGUGUGGCAAGGGCCGGGGUGACCGCGUCUACGGGGCCCGGGGGUGGCGUCGCCCGGCGUGGCCGUUCUCUCUGCGGCAUGGGCUGGCGUGGCCCGGCGUGGCCUGGCUCUCCGUGCCGAGCUGGCGAGGCCCGGGUUGGCCGGGCUCUCCGGGGCCCUGGUGUGGCGAGGCCCGGUGUGGCUGCGUCUCCCGGUCCCGGGGGUGGCGUCUCCCGGCGAGACCGGGCUCUUCGGGGCCCUGGCUGGCGUGGCCCGGCGUGGACGGCCCCUCCGGGGCCGGGCUGGCGUGGCCCGGCUUGGCCGGGCUCUCCGUGGCCCGGGGGUGGCGUGGCCCGACGUGGCCGCCUCUCCGGGGCCCGGGCUGGCGUGGCCCGGCGUGGCUGGGCUCUCCGGGGCCCGGGGGUGGCGUGGACCGGCGCGGCCGCCUCUCCGGGGCCCGGGCUGGCGUCUCCCGGCGUGGCCGGGCUCUCCGGGGCCCGGGGGUGGCGUGGCCCGACGUGGCCGCCUUUCCGGGGCCCGGGCUGGCGUGGCCCGGCGUG